UAAAGAUCUGCUAUUGCUGGUAGCUCAUUUCAUAUCAUUUGACUGGAAAAACAGGCGUAUUGUAAAAUUUUACUGGAGCAAAAAAUACUAAACUUACCUCUUCAUAAUUCAUCUCGCACAAAACUUCAUUUUCUACAUGAAUGGGCGGAAUUUAAUAAUUUACGACACUUUUUACAAAAGUUAAAUCGAUUCGGAACUAAGGAGGCAGUGUUACAUGACUCGUGCAUCUUGCUUCGGUAAUUAGCGAGUGAGAUAAUCAGACGUAUUACCUGGGGCCGGCUGAAUCGGGGGGACACGGCGGACGGAAAUCUGAACCAACAACUGGAUGCUAUCUCCGACAUGGUGAAAGAAAAUCAUUAUAACUGGGUUCAUUAACAAUGGGAAAAACGAUUUCACCUGACAUCUAAGGAAAAGUCACGUUCUGAGACUCAUACCGUCAAUCAAAGAAUCUCUCCGUAUUUAACUAUGGAGAUAAGUUAUUAAUAUUGAAAAAAGAUUUUUCUCUGUCUCAAGUCUUGAAGAACUAACAGUCGCACUGUGACAGAAGUUAAGGACUAUAUGAGAGGAAGAAAUAGUCCGUUAAUUUAACACACAAAUAUAGCUAAUGGAGAAAAUUACCACUGGUCAGUGUCUCGGCAUCUUUUUUACGUUUUGUGCAUAAAUGCCAUUCUUUGAUUUGAAAAAAAAGUUCUAAUGGAUUUUAAAUCUUGUGUUCACAGCUUGCUUUCAUUCAACAUCGUAAUUACAUUAAAUAAGCAACAGAUGUUUUGAGGAUGGCAUCCCCUGUCUUCUACGGCGAAAUGUUAGCUUUUAUUAAAGAACUUAUCAGCGUUAAUUAGCAAUUCUUGGAUGUAACUUAUUUAUUUUAAUUACCAUAAGAUGAAAAUCCAGAUAGAGUUGAAGUUAUCUCGGAUCAUCUGGCUGUUAGAGUCUCUCUUGAAAGUAGUCCUGUUUGCGUUACAGGACGUGUCGGUGUACACGCAACCAACAUUUGAAAACACUUCGGAUGUCACCGCCAUUGCUGGUAGAAAUAUUGAACUCAGAUGUAGAGUACACAAUCUUCAGAACUACACGGUUGUUUGGAUGAGUCCAAGGGGGACUGUGAUCAGUAAAGACGUCACAAAGGUCACAGAUGAUACCAGAAUUAGCAUAGAGAGACAAGUAACAGCGGACUGGAAUAUCCUGAUACGCAAUGUUACAUUCAAAGACAGAGGCAAUUAUAGCUGCAUUGUCAACACAGCCCCUACUCCGACUAUAAAAUACAUCUAUUUAUAUGUCAAUGUACCGCCAAAAAUAAUUGAGGAAGCUUCUUCGAGGUCCUUGAUGCAUGUAAGAGAGGGCGAAACAGUUAAGCUUGUCUGUAAUGCUACAGGGUACCCUCAACCUAGGAUCCACUGGUACCGUGGCAGAAAAAUAAAUGUGACUAACCUGCCAGGGGACACUCUUGUUAUACGAAAUAUCACACGACAUUGUGCUGGUGAAUAUGAAUGUAGAGCAAAAAACGGAUUACCUAUGGAAGCUAGUCGUGUUUUCACUGUGGAAGUAGAAUUUGCCCCCGAGGUGAGUGUCCUGGUUCCGAGGCUGGGCAUCACCCUGAGAACAGAGACUGUGUUACAGUGCAGCUGUUGUGCCUCUCCCAUCCGAAUCUGUGAGUGGAGGAAGGACGGAAGAGACCUCCAUAUCUCUGGCAAGUACGAACUGAACACCUACAAUGAUGACCCUGAGACUAUCACCCUCAGCCUGACUAUAUUUCAUAUCCAGGAGGAGGAUCUGGGGAGGUAUGAAUGUCACGCCAAGAAUUGGCUCGGAGAGGACAGCGAUUAUACUUUUCUCUAUGAAUACAGACCCCCAGUACCGUCCACUCUAUCGCCCAUUGCUACCACAAAAGAUGUCACUCCAGAAUCUAAAUACCGAACUGUGAAACCAGAAACACCUAGAAAUCAGUUUGAUAAUCCAUUUCCUGGUGAGAGCUUCGUUAUAUUAAGACCCUCAACCAUAAAAUCACCAUCAAAAUAUUCCUCCGGCAGUCGCUGCACAAGGAAUGGUGUCUACAAACAUCUUAUAUUAAUUGUGAUUGGACUUCAUUUGCUUUGUCAUCGGUUUUUAUGAAUAUUCCGCAAAAUGAGGCAGAGAAAGAUACCUCAAAUUAAACCAAAGAGAACGAACCAGUGGCGCAUUAUUAUCGGUGUUUUAUUUGUGAAAUAUGACUGUUUUCAAUAGUGUGGAAGACGGGAAGUGCAAUAUUAUUGUUAUAUUGCAUGAUUGUGUAAUAUGAGAAAUUUUUGUGCUUUAAUGUUUUGUUGUUUUUUUUUUCAAAUCUUGAAUAUUUCACCUUUAAACCUAACAUCGCUUAAAUUGUUCCAAAAAUUCAUUAACUUAGCUUGAGUAAUGCAUAUCUCAGCUUCAAAUCAAGGUUAUCAAUAUGUGUCUGUAUUUUUAACCAAAAAGUAAAAUGGGGUGCUGGGAGAAAGCGCCAGGCAGACGGCGCCCCUGACAUUCCAACUGACGUCUCUGUGUUUUCUGAUUUGAAAUACAGCGAAAAUUGUCUUUGUUGUGCUCUUCCUUUAAUAAUUCACAGAAGAUUCAUUGAUUCAUUCCAAACACUCUCUGAACUUGGAUUGGGAAGUUUUUAAAUAAGAAAGAAUAAAUUUCUUCAUUAAUACUUCAGUAUUGACUUACUUUUAAUUGUCUCCUUGUAUUGAUAGAUUGUACAGAUGUGGUGAUAUUAAAUGAAGAUGAAUGUGAAAAAAUGGACUGUUCUUUUUUAUUUUAUGUGAAGCUGCUUUAAUAACAAUCAUAUUUAUGUUCGUAAACUUUUAAAAAGUCCCAGUUUCGCUCAAUAAUUACAUGUAUUAUGAAGAAUGGUUUUGAUUUAAAUAUCGAUACAUGUAUUUGAUUCAUCCGCAGUAUUUGGCUAUAUGGUUUUGGAUUAGAUGAACGAUGUUAUUAUAUCAUUAAAUUGGGCCAAAAAUAGAUAGAGAACUUCGGAAGGAACACUUCGUCAUAAAUGGGGCGCCGACCUAUAGGACCGGGGUUGGUUCUAGUCUUUACAAAAAGCUUGUCGAUUUCUGUUCCGGUCAAUGACUUUAGGUUACAUACAUGUACUACUUCGUUUCUCAUGAAUUAUUUUAUUUCAGUAUGUAGAGAUAGGAGGAACCUUUUCAUAGACAUUAACUAUGUAGCAUGCCAUUGUCAAUGCAUUUUGAGUUUGUUAUCUCGAAAUGUUGUUAUUUGAUAUUUUUCUUAACCUUUCAUUGUACAUAAUGAUAAUGUCUGAUAUGCACCCCUGUUAUAGUCUUAAUUUUUUUCUUCAUGUGUGUUUAUUUUAUAACA